UAAUGAUGCCUUUUGACUGCUGGAUACCUUGUUUUUAUUUUGGAAGUCCAUUAAAUGACCAAUGGAAAGACAGCAUAUCAGAAAUUCCGAAAUUUUUCGUGGAACAAUAUAAACCAAAAGACAUAAAAGUUUUGAUUUUUAAAAAUUUAAUACAGCUGGAAGUUCAUAUAACGUUUAGUGAAAAUGGGACACAUGGCACUUUUCCUUUGUUUAUGAUUUCUGACACAGUCUUUGAUUUGAAUGAACAUAUACUAUUUUGCAACACAGAUCUACAUAUUUCGGAUUUUAAAUACUCUGAAAGCCGUAUUGGACACUUUUAUUCAAAUCCAACACCUGAAAGUGAAUCUGUCAAGAACAAUAAAAAUUUGCUAUCCUGCUUUGGCCUUCAACCUCACCAUCUUAUAAAUGAUACCGGCCCUUCCUUGAAAAAUGAUCUUCAAAAAUGUGAUACAAGAUUAUGUAUGGAAUCAAGAUUGCAUCAACAAUGGCACACUUUCAAUCUAAAUCUUUUGAUGGAAUUAACCACGAAAUUCCUCCUCAUGUACUUCUUUAUUUCAAUCAUAGGAUCAAAAUGUUUUCCAAUACAACUUAUCAGUGCUCAGCACUGUGAAAUAUCGAACAUUUCUAUGAAAAUCGUGGAAUCAUGCCCUUUUAAUCUAGAAUCAUGGAAACAGCGAUCAAAACUAAAGAACUGCAGCUCUCUAUAUAAACACAGCACUUGUUCCUGGCCUGAGAAUUACGUGUAUCAUUGUGUCAUUGACCAUUUUAUGAGUGUAAAAAUGGAAAUGUGCGCGGUGGAAGCUUACAUCAAUCUAGGAUAUUGUGCCGAAUAUAAUACAAAAGGAGAGUUAAUACAAGCCAAUUAUGAAGCCAAAUGUCAUCAUUGCCCAGGAAGAUACCUGUCAUCAACAGCGUACAAAUAUCAAGAAUGUUAUAAUAUGACCCAAAAACCAGAAAUUACAACAUUGGAGCAUUUGGGCACGUCUGAAGACAAGACUACAACUUUUACAUCAAUUAACAGAACAACUCAACAAAAUGAUAGAGAGAGGAAUUCGUUCAAUGGCAUAGGAGUGACUUUGGGGACUAUAUUAGCAGUUUUAUUUAUCAGUGUUAUUAUAAUAAUCUUAAGGUGUUAUCCAAAAUAUAAAGGUUAG